AUGUCCAAAAACGAAUCCGAGAUAAGCUAUAAUAGUAGAAAAUAUUUAGAAGUGUACGGGAGCUUGUCGAAAAAUGUCACGUGGGAGAUUCAAGAGGAUCGACGUGAAUUUCUUCAUCAACUCGUUGCCGUCAUCAACAAUUGGAAAGGCGAACUUCCAAAUCUUCUAGACUUCUUCCAGAAAGAAGCGAUUAAUUGGCUUUUGUUGGAAUCCGUCACAGGCGCAGAUGAAGACGCAGAUGAAGACGCAGAUGAAGACGCUGGAGAGACACCAGGAAAACGAUUCAUAGAUUUUGUGGCUCGCAGCGGCUACAAGGAAGAGCCCGACACAGAUAAAGACGGCAAGCCACUGCUGAAUCGCACGACACCAAUUCAUCAUGCUGCACAAAAGUAUCGUUGUUACACCGUAAUCUCUGCUCUAUUUCAAAUUUACGACAAAUUCAACGUAAAUUAUAUCGACGAAGAUGGAUUAUCACAUCUUCACGUGGCCUGCUGGUAUGGUCUCGACACCGUCGUCGAAAAAUUUCUUGAACUCGGGCAAGAUCCCAACGGUUUCUCUCAAGAUAUGGCAGCGAGAUAUCCUGACUCGCCGCUAUACCUGGCUUUAUACAGAAGCCACGAGACGGUAGCCGAAUUGCUGCUGAGACGCGGCGGGGAUCCAAAUUUGCGCAACAAAGAUGGAGAGGCCCCAUUGCACGCCAUUUGCCAUCGAUUCACCGACGGCGACGACGCUGAGUCAUUGAAGAAAUUUUUCGCCAUUAACGACGAAGUCGGUAACACGGUCCAGGUCAACGUUCAGGACAUGCACGGUUUCACACCGUUGCUCUUGGCUGCGUUAAGCGGCAUAAAAAAUGCACUUGAACUGUUGCUGAGAAAAGGCGCGGAUCCUAAUGUAGCCAACGAGAGAGGAUUCACCCCUGCGCACAUCGUUAGCACAAUUGACUGUGUGGAGACAUUCUUCAAAGUCAACGACGAGAGAAAUCAGACGAUCCAGAUCAAUGCUCAGAUCGUCGAGGGUUACACACCAUUGCACUUACACUUGAAACUGAUGAGUAUCAAUGAAAAGGCAGUCCAGGUCGAUGAUCAAGACAAUGAAGAGCCACCAUUGCAAGUGAUUUUGGAUAUGAUGAAUGGCUGGAAAAAGUCAGUCGAACUGCUGUUGAGGCGGGGCGCUGAUCCGAACUUGGUCAACGAAAGCGGAGAGACUUGUUUGUAUAUUAUUUGCCGUAACAACGACGACGAUAACGAGAUGGCAAAGAUGUUUUUUGAGAUCUGCGACGAAAUACAUCAGACGGUCCAGGUCGACGCUCGCAACAAUGAGGGUCAGACACCAUUGCACGCGUCAAUCUCCAAAGGCAACAUAAACUUGGUAGAAAUUUUGCUAAGAAGGGGCGCUUGUCCAAAUUUAGCCGAUAAUAUGAAACUUACUCCUUUGCACGCAAUAUGCGAGAGAGAAAACGGCGACGAUGGCUUGCUGAAGAGAUUUUUCGAGAUCAACGACGAAUUAAAUCAGCUGGUGGAGGUCGACGCUCUGGAUGACGAGGGUUGUACACCAUUGCUCGUGGCAAUAGACAAAGGCAACAUAAAAUUGGUAGAAAUUUUGUUAAGAAGGGGCGCUCGUCCCAAUUUAUCUGAUAAUAACGAAGCUACUCCUUUACACGCAAUAUGCGAAAGUAAAAACGGCGACGAAGGCUUGCUGAAGAGAUUUUUCGAGAUCAACGACGAAUUAUAUCAGCUGGAGAAGAUCGAGGCCGAGAACGAGGAGGGCUCGACGCCGCUACACUUGGCUCUGUGCAAGAAACUCAACGAAUUGCUGUUGAAAAGACAAAAGGCCGAUCCAAACUUAGCCAACGCAGAGGGCCGUACUCCUCUGCACGUUAUAUGUCAGAGAGAAGACGACAAUGUUGACUUGGUGAAGAUGUUAUUCGAGAUGGGUGACAAAUUCAAUAAGCCGAUCCAGAUCGACGCCCGGGACAAAUUCGGCUGCACACCAUUGCACUUGGCUUUGAAUGGCGGCCACGAACAAAUAGCCGAAUGGCUGCUGAGAAGAGGAGCGGAUCUGGAUCUAGCCAACGCGGAAGGAUCGACAUCGUUGCACUUGAUUAGCGCGGGAAAUAUGGACUGCGCUGACUUUUUGCAGACGUUUUUCGAGAUCAGCGACGAGCAAAGGCGGCCGGUCGAGGUGGACGCACGCGACAACGAAGGAAAAACGCCGCUCCACCAUGCCAUAAGUCACAGACACAAGAAGGUGUUUGAAUUACUGUUGAGAAGAGACGCCGAUCCAAAUCUGGCCGAUAACGUUGGAUCGACGGCUCUGCACACGAUUUGCGUAUUCGCCGACGAUAGCGACUGGGCCAAGAUGUUGUUCGAAAUCAGCGAGGAAAAGAAUCGGGCGGUGCAGAUCGAUGUUCAGUGCGAGCGCAACUUCACACCGCUGCACCAUGCACUGGUCGAAGCAGAAUUCAGGGCAGUGGCAGAAUUGCUUCUAAGAAAGGGAGCCGCUACGAAUUUAGUCGAUUGGGAGGGAUUGACUCCUCUGCACACGGUUUGCAAGUUCGCCGACGACGAGGACCGCGUGAGGAUGUUGGUCGAGAUCGGCAACGAGGAAAACAAGCCGGUAGAGGUCGACACCCGGGACAGGUUGGGCCGGACGCCGCUACACCUGGCGCUGGCCCGAGGCAACGGUCAGGUGGUCAAGUAUCUGCUGAAAUUAGGCGCCGAUCCCAACUCGGCGGACGAGAACGGAUUCUCACCGUUGCACGUCAUCAUCGAGCAUCGUGACGAGGACCAUCAAUUGUUGAAGCUGUUCUUCGACGCCUGCAAUGAGGUCGAUCGGCCGGUGCAGGUCGACGUCCGAGACAAGAGGGACCGGACGCCUUUACAAUUGGCCGUAGCCUUCGUUUUUCCCAACAAGAGCUUUUACGUUGAGAGAUUCGGGCCGAUAAGUGAGAUGCACGAACGUAAUUGGCUUUGGUUUAAAGUAACAGUAGCGUCUAAAAUUUUGGCCAUCGUUGAAUAUCUCGAGAAAAGAGAAUACGAAUUUGAUCGUAGCGAAGCCGUGAAUAUCAUGAGUUGGUUCGCCGAGUACGAACUGUUUGAAAAGUCGACGGAUCUUGAAGAAAAUUGGUACGACGACGAAGAAUUCGUGAGCGAAUCGAAAGAGAUAAUGGUGAUUCCUAGUCUGUCGCUUCACGACCUUAUCCGAUUGAGACCGGAAGAGGCGGCAAAACAACUAAAAUAUCAGGACUAUGGCACGUUAGCGCACUGGAUGAAAUUGUCGGGUCGUCCCCAAAGUCACGAGGAUGUUUGUGCUCGGCAUCUGUGCGAAAAACUGUCGAGAGGAUUUUUCUGGCCGUGGGCACUCGAUGCUUUCUAUGAAUUGCAACACUACAAGCUGCCGGUUAUCUGCUGUAACAUGAUCAUUUCGAAGCUAAAGAACGAGGAUUUAUAUAACAUUUGUUUGGCAGCCCAUACGAUAGGGAAAAACUCGUGA